AUGGCCCAAGAUACUCGGGCUCUGGGCUUGGAACAUUCCAAACACCCCACAGCUAUUGAAGUUCAAAUCAGUCAGCCUCGCAGAAGGUUUGGCCUGAAGAUACGACAGAAGGACCACACUGGUGAAUCUUUAAUGAGCGUGGAGUGUGGGAAGCAAAGACCCUCUUGCCCACUCCUCAUCGUGUCCGAAGAGACCAAAGAGCUGCUGGAGCUGGUGUGGGGCACCAGGAGCAGUCCCAGGCUGUCGGACAGCAUCUUCUGCCUCUGGACGCGAGGGAAUGUUCUCGGUAUCCAUGAACAAGCAACUGUAGGAUUCUUAACACUAAGGGAAGCUUUAUGCUAUUGUAAGGUUGGUUCUUACUUGAACUCUCCAAAAUUCCCUAUAUGGAUUAUUGGCAGCAAAACUCACCUCACCGUAGUUUUUACCAAGGAUAUGUCUUUAGUUGCCCCUGAAGCGCCUUCGGAACAGAGAGUUUUUCAAACCUAUGACCCAGAAGAUAAUGGAUUCAUAGCCGACUCACUUCUAGAAGAUGUUGUGAAAGCCUUGGACCUUGUUUCAGGUCAUGAGUAUAUAAAUCUCAGAAAGAAAUUAGAUCCAGAAGGAGUCAUAUUGUUGGGUCUAUUUCUUCAAGAAUUUUUUAAGGAAAUGGUAAUGUGUGUGGAAGGAACUGCAGUCGUUAAGGGUUUUGAAGACCCCAUGCUACAGACAGACGACACUCCUAUUAAAUGCUGUCUGCAAACCAAAUGGCUGUACACUGAGUUACUGUGGACCACAGACCACUCUCUUUCACUCAACUGAGUUGCCCAAGUAUUUGUAAGGAAGAUUGUCAAACCUGGUGCUGAAAGGGGGAUUCAUGACAGGCUACAUGAAGCUAAACGCUGGUAUUGUUGAUUAACUGUAAAUAACAAUUAAAAACACAUUUUCAGUGUUUA